UUUGAUCUCCUUAUGUAUAAAAGAUCACAUGUUGAAAGAUGAUGACCAUUAAAUAGAUCUCAAUAUUUUGGGUAAUAAUAAAAUUUAUGAUAUACUUGAAUUCACUAAAAUAUGUGUUUAAAGAACAAUUAAAUUUAGAUAAAGAAAUAUAAUUUCUUAAAAUCUAAUAGUGUUUACAUGAAGCAUCAUACUCUUGUCUUUUUUAUAUGUAUAUAUAUAUAUAUAUUAAAAUGUGUAAAGGGAGCUAGAGAAUGGAAAUGAAGUGAUCUAGCAAAGAAACACUCUUGUUGACAUCAUAGAAAACAACAAUGGAUUCUUCAGAAAAUCUGAGACACCAAAAACAACAAUGGAUCCUUGCCGGAAAGUACCCGUCUUCUCGGCGAACGGCUUCUUUCUCAUCUUGUUCAUCAUCAUUCUCACCUUCAUCUUCUUCCCUUGAAUCAUUCUGUUUUCCUGAUGAUCCUCCUCUUAGUCCUGCCUCUCCACUUAGAUUCUCAGGUGUUCCAUUUUCUUGGGAACAUUUACCUGGAAUUCCCAAGAAACAUUUUUCCAACAACAAUCUUAAAUCAUCCAUUAAACUAUUACCAUUGCCACCUCCUACUACACAAUCUUCAAAAAAACUAACUAGUCAUGAAGAUACCAAGAUUUCCAAGAAGAAUUCAAUUCAAAGGGAUCCUUUCUUUGCUGCAAUGGUUGAAUGCUCAAAGGAUCAUCAUAAUGAUGAUAAUGAAGAAACAAGUAGCAACAAUUCAUGGAAUAAUGGAGCUAAGGUUUCAAGAAGUAUUAGUGAUCGUUUUGGAUUUAUUAGUCUUUAUGGUACUUGCAAGAGAACUUGUGCAGUUUCUGAAUCUUUAGUUUACCUUCCAACUUCAACAAGAAGCACUUAUCACAAAUUCAAUGGCAGGUCCCUCUGAGAGCUUUUUUAAAUCACUCAUCACUCACUUGUUCUCAAAAUCUAUUCACUAUAUGUUUGGUAUUGCAGUAAGAUCAACAAAAUUAUAGUGAUUUUAUAAAAAUUAUAUUUUAUAAAAAUUAUUGUAAUUUUGUUACUACGGUAGAACCAAAUAUAUACUUAUUGUGUUCAUGUUGUUAAUUACUAGAAGAAGAAGAAGAAAAAAACAGAAAGAGGUAUUUAAUUUGUUACUUUUUAUUUUGGUUUUAACCUUUUAAACCUUGAUCUCUGUUUCUGGUUUCUAAAAUAUGGCAUGUGAAGACAAGUAUGUCUUUGGAAACCUAAAUUAAAUAUUAUUAUUAUUAUUAUUGUAAUAUAUAUAUUAAUACAAGUAUAUAGGAAGCAGUGUUUGUCUUCAUUUCUAAUUUUUAAUCAUUUUGGUUUUUUGGACUUUUGUGGCAUUAGACACCUAAAUCUCUGAAUACAAUAUAUGCUGAUCUUUGCUGUAAUAUGUCAUGAGAUAUAUGACAUUAUUAUGAGUGAAAUUUACAUGAUCCCAUGUGGGAUUAAUGUAUAGGACAAUGGUGGAAAGAAACUGCCAAAUUAUUAUUGAUUUGACUUUUUAUUUUAA